AUGUCGGAUCCCAAUGAAGGAGCGCACCCCACAGAUUUUAUGGAAGUUCUGUAUGGUGAAGAUAGUGAGGAGCUUGUUUCCAAUGAGGAAACUUUUAGCGACGAAGAAGUGAUGGACUCUUUGUCACUACAAGGUCCACCAUUUUUGCCACUCGCACUGCUGGGGGGCCAGAAUGUGGCCACUGUCUCCAGUCGGGCGAGAUCUCACUUGGCUCUUCAAACGCCAGAAUCAUAUGAAUUUGCUAGAAUCAAAAUCAAGAUGUUCAACGAGGAUGGCGCUGAAGCCAGGGGGAAAGAUCUAUUCCUCUCGGAUACCCCCGUCCUGUAUGAGAGGUCCGAGAGUGAUGUGAAAUUGGAGAGUGAUGUAAGAGGAUCAAUUGUUGAGGGUGGUGUAACUGAUGAUAGGAAUGACAGUCGGGCAAUGAGUGUGAGAGGUAGAGCAAGCAAAAGGCGUGGGUGUCCGAAGCAGGAUCGUGGAGGGGGACGUCUUUGUCACCAGGCAUCGAGCUGGCAGCCUGGUCAACCACUUACCGAAAUCUGGCUGACCGAUGAGGAUGUCCCCGAAGAGCUGCGUGUGAUGGCGAGGGAUGUUGUGAGGAGGCGACAGGCGAGAGUGCAGGGUGUACCGAGGAGGAGAACCACCUACGUAAGUCUGGUAGGCCAAAAUGGUGGGGACGUAAGCGAGAGCGUGGCUGAGGGUGUAUUGUAUGACGCCACUGAUGGAAGGAGUGAAUCGCGAUUGGCAGGGGAGGAUCUCCAUUUGUCGCCGAUGGAGACCUUUCGCGAUAAGGAAGAAACUUUUAAAGCUGACCAAAUUGGUUCAGUUGCAUCGUACACGACGCCGUAUGAUGCUUUUCGUUCUUAUUGGGACAAUGGCAUCCUUACCCAUCACCAUGCAUUCAUUCCAUCGCAUCGCAAGUCACAAUCAUCUCAUCGUAGAAUAGCACCUUUCCCUCAUAAGAUCAACCACGCACAUUGGCCCGUUCGAGUGCCGCAAAACAAAUCCGAUCUUAAAAGGAACCGUCAUGGCCGGCAGAAGUGCGUCGUUUGCUUGAAGGAAGAGCGGAAAGUGCAAAUGACGCCGUACAAAUGUGAAGCUUGUAACGUGGCCCUGUGCGUGGUACCUUGCUUCAAAAGACACCAUUCUGCC